UGGACCUUUCUCGUUUCCCGUUUCCCCCGCGGUCACUGCAGUGCGCUUGCGCGGCAGCACGUCGUCAUGGAGACGGUUUGUUGUUGUUUCUGAAAACCUCGGAGGAGAAAAGAGCUGCUUCCGGUGAUGGCGAGGUCAGAGCGUGAUGUCAUCGACUUCUCGGCGCUGCAGAGCGAGCUGCAGGCGGCGGUCGAGUCGGAGCGGAAACACGAGAGAGAAAACAACGCCAAGCUGAGAGCCGUCCGUCAGGGAGUCUGCUACAGCCAAUUCAGAGAGCUGGUCCUGUGUUCUCACCUGAAGCCUCUGGAGAGGAGUGGGAAGCUGGCAGCGCCACGGAAACAGCCCUGGAACCCUGUCGCCCCCGGCAACAGCUGAUGACCUGUGUCCCUGGCAACAGCUGAUGACCUGUCGUCCCCGGCAACCAGGAUCAACUGGACUGUUUACUCUGUUGUUGUGAAUGUUGGUGUACUUUAUAUAAAUUAAUAAAAUCAAUUUGAUUUCAAACUCAA